AAUCAAACCUCAAAAGUAGUCAAAGGCCAAUGUCAAAAUAUAGUUUUCUCCCUUGAUUGAGUUGUGAAUUGGCAAAAAUAAAUAGAGAAUCGUAACUGACGUAUUUAUUCGUCGUAAUUACGAUAAAUAAAAAUACAAACGAACGACAUUUCCUUUUAAUACGAAAAAACAUAGUGACGUAGUUAACUGUAAAAGAAAUAUAAAAAAAUGGCACUGAAUUACUUUCGACAAAUAGCUCGAGUACGGUGUACUGUAGGCCCUCAAAGAUGUAAUAAUGUCCAGCGAUUUAUUAGCACCAGUGAGCCGCGAAGACUUGGAAUGAUACCAAUUGUUGUGGAACAGACGGGUCGAGGUGAGCGCGCAUACGACAUAUAUUCAAGACUUCUCCGCGAACGCAUCAUUUGUCUCAUGGGUCCCAUAAACGACGAAAUUAGUUCACUGAUUGUUGCCCAGCUGCUGUUCUUACAAUCGGAGUCUAGCAAAAAACCCGUCCAUCUCUACAUAAACUCGCCUGGUGGCAAUGUUACCGCCGGGUUGGGUAUAUACGAUACCAUGCAAUACAUCACACCGCCGGUAGCUACGUGGUGUGUGGGACAAGCCUGCAGCAUGGCAUCUCUACUUCUGGCUGCUGGGGCCACGGGGAUGCGCCACGCACUUCCAAACUCCCGCAUUAUGAUUCAUCAGCCCUCUGGUGGGGUCAGAGGCCAGGCUACAGACAUUCAGAUCCAAGCGGAGGAGAUAUUGAAGCUCAAAGCACAAAUUAAUUCACUAUAUGUGAGACAUACUGGUUUGCCAGUAGAGAAAGUGCAAUCUUCUAUGGAGAGAGACUACUUCAUGUCACCAACUGAGGCGAAAGGCUUUGGACUGAUCGACAAUGUUUUGGAACAUCCACCAUCACAUGCUAUGGAGCAGCAGUGUGCUGCAGGAGCUACUCCUAAUGCUACCGCUGUCUGAAGAAACUGACUGGACAACUUUUUUUACCUUGGCUUCUGUUUUGACGGAUUUUCUUAGACAUUACAGUGCUAAAGUUAUGUGAUAAUAAUUACAGAUUACUCAUUGUUAUGAUAGUAAAUUGUAUUUUUAUUAGAUG